UUUUGUUCAUCACUUAUUUUUAAUUGAAAACGCAUUCGUUUGAAGUGGAAAACCGUUGGGCUUGACUCAGUUCACGCAGAUCUCUCACGGCAGAAAGUAGCGUGGUGCUCGAUUAAAAGCAGUGUGCGAAAACAGCUAAUAUUGAAAAUGAAAUUGUUGAUAAUAAUCAUCACAUCACUACUGAGCUGUGCCCAUUUUGUAAAUGCUGCUAAUAUUUUAGCGUUGGCUACAGUCUCCUCUGGUAGUCAUACAAUUUACGCUAACGCCAUUAUCAGAGAGCUUGCAGCUAGAGGACAUAAGCUGGUGGUUUUGUCGCCGGACAAAGAAAAGAAACCAAACCCGAACAUAACUACGAUCUACCUCGAAGGCGGUUAUGAAAAUGAGGUUAUGUUCGAAACCACUCUGGAGGAUUUUCCGUCAUCGGAGGGUUUCGUCCAAUAUUUCAACACGCUAAACGAAUACACAACAUCACAGUGUAAAAUUCUUCUGAAUUCCCCAGGAAACAAGAAGUUCAUUCAAGAUUACAAGGAUCACAAGUUCGAUCUUAUCCUAUUUGACUACGGUGUGACGGAGUGUUUCAUAAAGUACGCCCAUGUUUUCGGGCACCCGCCGAUAGUGGGUUUCACGGCUUUCUUCGCCGUUUCGGCGUACCAGCUGGGCAACCACCACAACCCGGCGUUCGUGCCCCAUUUCCAGAGCGCGGCCAGCCCUCAGAUGAGCUUCCCGGAGCGCUUCAUGAACUGGGUCGUUCAUGAGUACUACCUCCUCUGGCGGAACUACAUAAGUCUGCCGAGUAUAGACGCGGUGGCGGACGAGUUUUUCGGAUUCUCCAAGCCCAGCAUCGGGGACCUCGAGCGGGAGAUGUCCCUCAUGCUCACCAACGAGCACUUCAGUUUCACUUACCCGAGACCCAACAUCCCUGCUGUCGUCGACGUGGGCGGACUCCAGAUCAAGCCACCCAAACCCUUGCCCAAGGAUUUAGAAGACUUCAUGAGCGGAGCGAAACAUGGUGUCAUUUUCUUCAGCUUAGGCUCCAACUUCUUGAGCAAACACAUGUCCAACGAAAAAAAACAGAUGUUCCUUGAAGCGUUCAGGCAAAUUCCGCAAAGAGUCGUGUGGAAAUACGAAGAUGAGACGUUACAGAACAUACCACAAAAUGUCCUCGUCAAAAAGUGGUGUCCGCAGACUGACAUUUUAGGUCACAAUAAAACGGUUUUGUUCAUGACCCAUAAUGGUUAUUUGAGCACACAAGAGUCACUUUACAACGGGAUUCCAAUGCUGGGUAUACCUAUAGUAGUGGAUCAAUUUAUAAACAAUAAAAAGUUGACCAAAGCUGGAGUGGCACUUAGAUUGGAUCUCAAGGAUAUCAAAAGCGCAGAUCAAAUAAAGGAGAAAAUCACGACCAUAUUAAACAAUCCGAGCUUCCGGGAAAAAGCGCAAGAGAUGUCGGUGCUUUUCCGGGAUCGGCCGAUGAAUCCCCUGGACACGGCAAUCUACUGGAUCGAGUACGUGUUGCGGCACAAGGGAGCCAAGCAGCUGAGGGUGGCCAGUCUCGACUUGGCCUGGUACCAGUAUUACCUCCUCGACAUCUAUUUCGCCAUCGCUGCCGCAGUCUUCGCGGUCUACUAUGCUCUGGCCAGGAUCUUCCGGUCGAUAUUCAGUACAGAAACAAAACAAAAAACAAAGCAGAAGAAAACGUAAUCUCGCGGUGAUUCAGACGUGAACCAGUUCAUUUUACGAACUUUGAGGGGGAAAUAAUUGUUGAAAAGAUUGCUAAUUUUGAAGGAAAAUUCUCACUUCGGUUUUGAGGAAAGAUUCCUCGUUUUGCUUCUUCUUCUUCCUGCUGGAUACGCGUCUCCGAUUUAAAGAUUUUUUUUUUUAAUAAUGAUUUUUAUUUAAAUGAGAUUAUUUUGAUUGUCAAAGCAUAUUUAGUUUCAAAACACAAAUUCCUUAUGAGCCAUAAAAAAAAGAAGAAAAAAAAAGAAAAUACAAAUGAUGACAAUCAAAGUAAAAAUACAUUUCCUUCGCCUGAAUGACACUUGUUUUCAAAUCAAAAACAUCUUUUCAAGCAAACAUUUAUAAUUUAUCAAUUUUUUU